UUUUCCCAAACUGUGGAUGUGAGUUUGUGACACAACAUCCCCAGAGAAGACUCAGAGCAGCAGGAAGAAGAGGAGGAAAUGGCAGCUUCUCAGGGACGGCUGACAUUCUGGGAUGUGUCCAUAGACUUCACUCAAGAGGAGUGGGAAUGCCUGGACCUCGGUCAGCGGGAAUUGUACAUGGAUGUGAUGUUAGAGAACUACGUGAACCUGGCCUCCUUGGGGCUUAUCCCUAAGCUGGACCUGGUCGCCUUGCAGGAGCAAUUGAAGGAUCCCAGGAAUAUAAGGAGAAUGGAGACAACAGCCAUUUACCCAGCCUUGUCUGCACAAGACACCCAGGAUUUGAUGCCAAAGAAUCCAGCAUUAGAAGAUGUAUUCCCAAAAGCAAACCUAGGAAUAUAUCAAAUAUUUCACCUCAGAAACUUACAUUUAAGGAAAGUCUGGGAAUAUAUAUCGGUAUAUGAAAGACAGAGAGGAUGUUUAUAUGGACAUAAAGAAAUGGAGACAGUUACACAGAUUUCUAACAUUACUGGAAAAAGAAUUGAGCGACCUGAGUCACGUUGGGAAAAACACCCACUUCAGUCUUCAACAUUUGCCAAGAUGUGUAAGUGUUUAAGAAAAGAUUUUCAUCCUUUUUUGAAACAUACAUGUUCUCUAAAACGAAACAUGAAAUAUCUGGGAGGUAAUCUUGUCUCUACUGCAAAUACUCAUUCAAACAAUUCUGAACAUAGGCUUCGACUCAACAUACAUUCAAGCAUGUCUGAACACCUACAAUUUAACAGUGAGUGGGAAAACUCACAGUCUAAUCAAUUUGAGGGAUCCGUGAGCAGGGGCUCAUUUUUCUUCCCCCAACAGAUAUUUUCUCUCCAUUCCAAAAUGUAUAAUGUUGAUGAUACUGGAAGAGAUGCAAUCCAACCAUCAUUGUUCAAUACAUAUUGUGAUAUGGUCAGUACACAACAACUUUCCGUGUGUAAUAAAAUGAGUCAGACCUUAAGUAAGAGCUCCAGCUUCAAUAAUUACAAGAGUAUUUCUGGUGGACUGAGAAGGUAUUCAGGCAAUGAACCUGGGUAUAUAGUUGAAGGAGACUCCAACCUUAAGAAACAUCAGGGACCCAAAUCUUCUAACAAGGAUUCUACAAGUAAUACAUGUAGAAAUGCCUUUGAUCAAAUGUCAGGUUUUUCUCUCGAUAAGAGAACUUGUCCUGAAGAGGGGACUUGUACUGAAUAUGGUAUGGUUUUUAAUCACUCUUCAGAACUUAUUCAACCACAGACUGUUCAGAACUCACAGAAAGAAAACAAGUGUAAGAUAUGUGGGAAACUGUUUAGUAAAUCAUGCCAUCUAAGUAGACAUAAGAAAAUUCAUACAGGAAGGAAACCUUUCCAAUGUACACAGUGUAGCAAACUGUUUAAGCAUCGCUCACUUCUUACUAAACAUCAGCGAAUUCACACUGGAGAGAAACCUUAUAAAUGUGCAGAAUGUGGCAAAGCCUUUAUUUACAACUCACAUCUUAUUGAACACCAGCGAAUUCAUACUGGAGAGAAGCCUUAUAAAUGUAAAGAAUGUGACAAAGCCUUUAGUCGUCCCUCACGUCUUGCUGGACAUGAGCGAAUUCAUUCUGGGGAGAGACCUUACAAAUGUCAAGAAUGUAACAAAGCCUUUAUUCAAUACUCACAUCUUACUCGACAUCAGCGAAUUCAUACUGGAGAGAAGCCUUAUAAAUGUAAAGAAUGUGACAAAGCCUUUCCUCGUCCCUCACAUCUUACUGGACAUGAGCGAAUUCAUUCUGGGGAGAGACCUUAUAAAUGUAAAGAAUGUAACAAAACAUAUAUUCAUUGCUCAAAUCUUACUCGACAUCAGCAAAUUCAUUCUGGGGAGAGACCUUAUAAAUGUCAAGACUGUAACAAAGCCUUUAUUCAGUGCUCACAUCUUACUCAACAUCAACGAAUUCAUUCUGGGGAGAGACCUUACAAAUGUCAAGAAUGUAACAAAGCCUUUAUUCAGUACUCACAUCUUACUCGACAUCAGCGAAUUCAUACUGGAGAGAGACCUUAUAAAUGUAAAGAAUGUAACAAAGCCUUUACUACGAAUUCGGCCCUUACUCAACAUCACCGAAUUCAUACCGGGGAUAGACAUUAUAAAUAUACAGAAUGUGGCAAGGCCUUUUUUUAACAUUUCUAGUCUUACUAAACAUCAGUGAACCCAUACUGGGGAGAGACCGU